AAGACAGUAAAAAUGGCGGACCUCAGGAAAAUCUGUCCUGAGUACUUGCCCUGCCGUGUCGACCCCACACAGAAAACCUCGUUUCAGGGGAAGCUUUUUAUCUUUCUUUGUAUAUUAAUAGUGGAUUCCGGAGGAGCCACGACACACUGGGUCGUCACAGAGGAUGGAAAAAUUCAACAACAAGUGGACUCUCCUUUGAAUCUAAAGCAUCCUCAUGAUGUGGUUAUCUUCAUGAGACAAGAAACCCGUGUGAACUACCUCAAGAUGCUGGAACAGAAGCAGUUAGUAGCACAAAAAAUUCACAUUGAGGAAAAUGAAGACCGAGAUACAGGUUUGGAGCAGCGACACUACAAAGAAGAUUCAGAUUGCAUAAUGGCAAAGGUGCCACUGGGAGACUUGGAUCUGUAUGAUGGCACUUAUAUUUCCUUGGAGAGUAAAGACAUAAGCCCAGAGGAUUAUAUCGAUUCUCGAUCCAGUUUGCCACCAGAUCUAGAAGAGCCAGAUUGUGCAAAAAUAAUCGAGCUUCCUUAUAGUAUCCAUGCUUUCCAGCAUCUCCGGGGUGUACAGGAGAGGACAAACUUGACCUCCCCGCUUCUAUCUAAGGAUGACCCCAUUUAUAGUUCUUUGUCCAAAAAGUUUGGACGCACUAUUGAUGAAGUGGGCCACCGCAUCCAUCAAAGCCUUCUGAAGAAUUCCUCUUCCUGGGUGUUGUAUAACAUGGCAUCAUUUUACUGGCGUAUGAAAAAUGAGCCUCAGAGGGCAGUCGACUGUGUAGUGCGUGCUUUGCAUUACUCUCCAAGGCAGCAUAAGGAUAUAGCUCUGAUAAACAUGGCCAACAUCCUGCACCGGGCCCAUUUCUCAGCCGACGCUGCUAUCCUCGCCCACGCUGCUCUUGACCUUACCUCAGAUCUCUUCACUAGUCAUUACACAUUGGGAAACAUCUAUGCUAUGCUUGGGGAAUACAACCACUCAGUGCUGUGCUACGAGCAGGCACUGCAGGUACAGCCAGGCUUUGAGCAGGCCCUGAGGAGGAAACAUGCUGUGCUCUGUCAGCAAAAGCUGGAGCAGCGCCUAGAAGCACAGCACAGAUCCCUUCAAAGGACACUGAAUGAACUAAAGGAGUACCAGAAGCAACAUGACCACUACCUCCGCCAACAGGAGGCGCUGGAAAAACACAAGCUGCUGCAGGAGGAGCAGAUUCUACGCAAUAUCAUCCACGAAACCCAAAUGGCUAAAGAAGCUCAGCUUGGAAAUCAUCAGAUGUGCCCACUGGGUCAGCAGCAGCGCCGUCUGUACUGCCCCUUUGACCUCCCUGUGCGCUAUCACCGGGGUGACCUUUUUGAACAUGUCCACCAUGUCCAAUUUGGAGAGUCGGUGUCUGUCGCCCCCAGUGUGGCACUUGUAUCAGAACGCAGUUCCAACCAGACAGCUUCCAGUCCCCAGCUCCGUCCUACUGUGUCCGGUGAUCAGGAUCCUGCAGCAGCGCUCUGGGGGAGCCAUCAGGAUUUCACACAGGACACACAGAAGAUGUUGUGGCCUCAGAGGUCAGACUGUUACCACAAGUACCCUAGUGUACCACCUGCUCACCUGCUGCCAACCCACUACCUGUUCCCUGAGACACAAGGACUUGGCCAAGUGACGACUCUCCUGUAUAGCAGCUCUGACCCGGUCCCAGCUGAUAGUCCACCUGACUGCAGUCCAGUUCCUCAACCUUAUCCAGCUGUCUUGCCUUCCUCGUUAGACUGGGCCCUGGAAGAAAAGAAGCUGCCAGACUCCUUUGCAUCUGAGAUGCUACAGUUGCACAGUGGAGGCUUUACGCUGGAGCAGGUUGGCCACAGGAUAGCACAAGCUAUGAAAGAAGCCACUUUACCCCACUGGUUGGUCCACUUUGAGGCAGCCCUGUUUUGGCAGGCCAAAGGAAACGGAAGUCGUGCCUUGCAGUGUCUGCGUCAAGUGUUGAACUCUGCUCCUCCUUCCCACCACCACUUGGCCCUCACCAAUGCUGCUAACAUCCUGCUGCACUACGGUUUACCCACCCACGCACAAAAACUGCUGGAUCAUGUGUUGACACUCAAUACAUCUGAGCCACACGCCCUGUUCAGCCUGGUGAAUGUGCAUUUGGCACAGAGCAAUAUAACUGGUGCCCUGGCCUUGUUCCGCCACAUUCUGGAGGCAGCCCUGUCCUCUUCUUCUUCCUUCUCAUCCUUUGCCAGUUGUGAACAGUGUCGCACCAGCUUGCCUUUACUACGUUGUCUUCAGUUCUACCCCUCCCUUUACAAUCUCUCCAACCGGCAGCCUUGCUCACAGGAUAAACCCUGCUUGACUGAGGAAGACUUCAGCAUACAGCUGGAGGAAUGGGAGGACAGCGAAGAGCGACCAGAUGGAACUGCUAGUCCUGCUAUUGAAGACACGCUGCUCUUUGAGAAUGUCGUCCUGGACAGUAAUGGCUCAGGUGAAGCAAAGACACAGCAGCAGGCAUCUCCCUCCAACGCAGGAACUUCCAAAAUGUCUUCAUCCUUUGGAGAAGGAAGAGUGGAGAAAGAGGAUGAGUGGCAGCUGAAGGAGGACCUGAUGGGAGCAUUCGAGGGAGCACUGGAUGUGGGAGGGAAACGUGGAGACUUACAAGGUAUAAGAGUGCUGAAGAAUGACCGAGUCAUGGGGGCCCGUGCUGGAAGCGGACCAUGUUUUGGAAACUGUGAGGAUGAUGAUGGAGCAGAGUGGAUCACCUUCCAGGUAAAGCGGGUGCGGAAGGCUAAGGCAGAUGGAUCAGAGAGUGUUACCGUCUCCGAAGAGGGUCAGAACGAGGAGUUUCUACCUGGAGGCAGCUCUGUCCUGGAAAUCAGUGGUCCAACUAUUCCAUCUCCUGGUCCUUCAGGUCGCUGGAGAGACUAUACAAGUCUUGGCUGGCCUGGACCAGAGGAGUGCCAGCGUACACGGAGGGUUGACCUCACUACUGUCGCUAGUACUUGGUUGGCUGUUUCUGCCAAGAAUAUUGACAUCACAGAGCACAUUGACUUUGCAACCCCGCUCCAAGAGCCUGCAGCUGAGCCUUUAUGCAAUGCCAACCUAGCUGCCAGUAUGCACACCCUUGACCACCUGGGAGGUGUAGCCAACCGUGCCUCCAUCCACUACACAGGGGAAGCCCAGCUGCGAGAGGUCCUGCAGAACCUUGGUAAAGAUAAGUUUCCUCCCCAAUCAUUUGAGCAGGUGGGAACACGCAUUGCUAAAGUUUUGGAAAAGAAUCAGACAUCUUGGGUAUUAUCCAGCAUGGCUGCACUGUACUGGAGAGUGAAAGGUCAAGGCAAGAGAGCCAUCGACUGCUUGAGGCAAGCCCUCAACUAUGCCCCUCAUCACAUGAAGGAUGUACCACUCAUCAGCUUGGCCAACAUCUUUCAAAAUGCUAGGUUAUGGGAGGAUGCCCUAACAGUAGCCCGCAUGGCUGUAGAGAUUGCACCGCACUUUGUUGUGAACCACUUUACCCUUGCCAACGUCUAUAUUGCAAUGGAGGAGUUUGAGAAAGCCAUGCACUGGUAUGAGUCCACUUUGAAGCUACAGCCAGAGUUUGCCCCAGCCAAAGAUCGUCUUAGGACCAUCCAGUGUUACCUCCUGACCAAGAGAGAGCGUCGUCAGCCUUCACCCUGAUCUCAGGCAUAUCCAGUUAUCGUGAACACGUCACAUACAUGCAGACGUUCUCUACCGCAAAAUAAUUUCAGAAAUUGACAACAUAGGAAAGUAAAAAAAAAAAAAAAAAAA